AUGGCAUUGGAUCAUGAACACUCGCAAUCAUCGGUCGGCGAACGAAGGGGUCAACCGCUCGCACCGUUACAAACCAAUUUCAGCCGCCCAACCUCUCGACCACUCCUUGUUACUUCACCUCGCACGCAACGGCCACGACCGGAGGAAUACCAGAAUGAUGAAGAGCAUAAUGAGCGGGUCCCAUUGCAUGCGACCCCGGUGAAGCGCCAGACGUCCAAAUCGGGGCUCCGCGGGCUGUUCGGACGUGACAAGACCGCGCGCAAGGCGCCCAGCGACGCCAAGCUGUCUGGCAUUGACGAAGUACAGUUCUCUGCGCCUAAAGGGGAGCCGGGGCCUGCAGCGCCCUUGUCGCCGACGUCUGCCUCAACCCCGGUUGCAGUGCCUUCGUCGGCGACAGAGCCUUAUCGCGCCAAGACACCUUCCAAGUCUCGUGGGAGACAGAGUGAGGAAAAGCCGUCGGAAGACAGCGCAUGGAAACCGCCGCCCCUGUUCCAGGCCUUCCCUCAAUCCAUCAAACAUGAUACUUUGCCGUGCCCCGGACUAUCAAUAGACUCGAUCCUUCGCUUCCAUGCCACCUCGGCCGCAAAGUCUGGCAAUGUGCGUGACGAGGAUCAUGCGGCUCAGCACACGAACAAGGGAGCCGGCGCGGAUGACCCUGCGGUUCGCAAGAAGAAGGAAGACAAGGAGAAGAGAAAGCACCUACGCUCUCUUUCGGAGACAAUUGGGAAGACCGAGUGGUCGCAGAAGAUUUACGUGUUGACCACUAGUGGCUACAUCCUGCAGUACCCUAACGGCGGAAAGCACGAUCGUUUACCGGAAAAGAUGUUGCAACUAGGACCGAAAUCUGUGGCUUUCGCCAGUGAUGCCAUUCCGGGGAAACACUGGGUUUUGCAGGUGUCCCAGUCUUCGGAGGAUCAGCCUUCUACAAACACAGAGACGCACCGACCCUUGCUAUCGCGACUAGGAUUCCAUAGGUCACACGCCAAGCGACUAGCACGCAGCUUUCUGCUUGUCUUCCACACCCCCGAAGACCUGAGCUCGUGGCUUUUGGCCGUUCGAGCCCAGAUCGAGGCACGCGGUGGUAAGAAAUAUGUGACCGAACGAGUCUUCGACGAUGACAUGGAGCAUCAGCUCCAUUCCCAAACCAGUGCCCGACAAUUAGUUAGGAAGGAUCCGAACCGGUUUUCGCAAACCUUUCUGCAGCCUCAGCAGUCGGCGACUUCCGAUGAACAGGAGUCAACCGUUACUGAUCAGUCUCGUCGGAGUUCACAUGUUUCGCUCAAUCGCCGGUCGUUGGUCAUGCCAUCUGCUCCGGAAUCUCGCUCCGAGUCCAUUUCUACGACUCACACAGACGUGGUCUCGCCCGUCAGUGUCAGUGGCAAUGGGCAAGGUCGUUUUUACUCCUCGGUUUCUCCGGGAGGUGUUCCUAUGUCUCCUCCCAAGAACGAGAAAAGUGCCAUUUCCACUGUCUUGUCUGCGCUGGAUAAUUCUGCGAGUCCGACGAUGUCUACGCCCCGGAAGAGACAGUCGCUGAACCUCCAACAAGCUUCGACGGCUACAGAGACCCCCGAAAUCCCCCGGUCACAGUCUGUCGCUCCGGACCCUCUACUGCGAAGUGCCUCGCCGCCUGCUCCCAACUUCAGUGUUCCAUCCUUCAGCCAGCGGUUCGCGGCGAAAAAUGGCCCAAACCGACUGAGUCAUAUGCCUGGACCAUCGUCUAUUCGCGGAGGUGAAAUGCCUGUUGACCCGGCCGAAAUCAUGUCUACAUUUUCUUCUCCGCCUCAGUCCCCAGGGAAA